AUCUAUGGACCAAACCCUAUAGAAAGGGAGAAUAGGGGGAAGAAACGACCUUCUGUUUUCAAGAGAUGUGACACGCCAACUACCUUUAACAUUAUUGUGAUACCGAUUAAUUUGACGCUGUCUAUGUCAUUAUCUUAAUCUAUAAUGCAGAAAGUAGAAAUACGUUUGGUUGCCUAACGAGGGAGAGUCGUGAUCAUGAACAAAUUAUACAAGUUGAUGUUGACGAUUACGCUAGCCUUGGUUAUCGUCAGCCUCAACGUAUUCGACCAAUCUCUUUGGUCUAACCAGCACAGUAAGCAUUUCGAGCACGACUCACCUAGCAAGGAUAUCAGGAAACAUGCCCAAGAACAAAAGUACAUCAUAUUGGAUAAUAACACUUUGAGUCAAGGAGAUGGAAAUUCAUCAUGGAAACAAAAUGAGUCGAAAAAGCUCUCAAAUCUUAUACAGCAGAGACUUCAUUUUCUUCAGAACCCUCCAGAUUGUAGCAAGGCCAAGAAGAUCGUGUGCAACUUUGAAGUGAGAUGCGGCUUCGGUUGCCAGACUCAUCAUUUGUCGUUCUGCAUGAUAAUGGCUUACGGGACUGGGAGAACGCUCAUCCUUGAGUCCAAGGGGUGGGACUAUGCCGAGGAGGGAUGGGAAAAGUUCUUUCGUCCUCUCAGUGAGAACUGCCUUGAUCGAAAAGGAGAGACCACCGGCAAGUGGACAAGUCCUGAAGAAAAUGAAAAUAUCCAGGUGGUGGAACUUCCCAUCGUAGGCUGGUUAUCUCAGGACCUAAGGCCGGACUUCCUGCCAUUGGCAAUCCCAGAAGACAUCUCAGAGAGACUGGAAAGAGUACAUGGUAACCCCGCCGUUUGGUGGAUAGGUCAGAUCAUGACCUACAUUCUGAGACCUCAGCCUCAACUCCAAGAACUCAUGGACAAUGAGACAGCGGCCUUAGGAUUCACACAUCCGAUUGUUGGCGUUCAAGUGAGGCGUACAGAUAAGCUCGUCCAGGAAGCCAAAUUUCAUUUUAUCGAGGAGUACAUGCUCUACGUCGAAGAAUUCUACCAGGAAUUGGAGAAGAGACAAGAAGUGCCGGUCAGGAGAAUCUUCUUAGCAACAGACGAGGCCAGUCUGCUCGAAGAAGCUAAGAAAAAAUAUCCUGGUUAUGUGUUUGUCAGUGACAAUACAAUAUCUCAGUCAGCCAAAGUAUCAACAAGAUUGUCAGAGGAAUCUUUAAUGGGUAUCAUCUAUGACAUUCAUCUUUUGGCUCGUUCGGAUUUUCUUGUUUGCACCUGCACCUCAAAUGUUUGUCGACUAGCUUAUGAGAUGAUGCAGGAUUACCAUGUGGAUGCUUCAACCAAAGUCCGCUCCGUUGACAUUGGAUACUACUGGUAUGGUCAGAGACCCAAUAGCUUAGGCAAAAGAGUCAAGAUGCCUUUGUAUGAAGGUUCUGAGAACAUUCCCUUGUAAUCACCGAAGCCUGUUGUCCGUUCGAAAGGCCAUCAUUUAUACCUUAUAGAUUGGUUGAUUGAAAACAAUUAUUUUCAUAAAACAUUGAACAGCAUGCAUCCCAAAAUACAAAGAAAUAAAGAACUACCAAUCGCUGUGUAAACAAAAUUGCCACUUGUCUAUUAUACCAUAAUCACAAUAAUAUAGUGCCGGAUAAAAUAUUACAUGACUGAAGAUCUGACACAUGAAGACCUCAUCGAGAAGAGAAGGUGGAACACAGCCGUUCAGCAUGUAGGGCAUGUAUCUACAGGAACUUUUUACAAACAAAUUAAAGCUCCGGCCGCUUCUCAGCCGGGAAGUACGAUGCGACUCGGAAACGUAGCGGUCGCCUUGAAGACAUUAGGUUCUGGUCUUUUAACAAUAGACUUUGCCUUAAUGAACGAAAAUAUGAAAUGAUCCAAAUUACUUCCAAAUUCAGAAACUUUCCCGACUUGGUUACCGGAGAUGGUUCACUGAAGGGUAGUGGAUACGUACUAGACCUUGGUGUUUUAAUCGACAACAAUCUUAUAUUUCAGCAGCAUAUUAAAAACGUCUGUAUUAAAAUCUGCAUCUUUUGGAAUCAUUAAAGCCACAAAUGUAAGUCCUUGCUGAAAACGUACGCUUUUAAUUCAUGGAUGAUAUUCUGCAGUCGGUCAAAGGAGGUGCACACCGUAUUAUUCCUUGUUUGUUUGAUCUCAUGUUUGACCUUUAACAUGUUUGAUCUCAUUUAUAUUAUCAUUAUUAUAUAUAUGCAUGAUUUAUUGAAUAAAGAACAGAUUCAAAAUUUGUGCGUUAAUUAUAAGUUUUGGUUUAUAAUUUUUAGUCAGACAAUGUUGCGCUUAUAGAGACACCCGUAUUAAGCCCCUAAUAAACGUUGUGGAUUAUUAUUAUCAUUAAGUGGAGGAACCAAGCGGGAGUCCCGUACGAGUUCAAAUCGGACAGUUUUGUCCAGACUGUUAAGUGAAUUUAUGUAUGUAUAUAUAUAUAUAAUGUAUGAUAUGACAUGUAGAAUGUAUAAUAUACAGUUAACAACUAAU